AUGGAGGAGCAAUCGAACCAGGUCAACAAGGACUGGAGUGAUCUGGAUGAGAGCGAAGGCUCAGUCUUUGUUCCUUCAGUGGAGGAGUCUACUGAUGAUGAAGACCUCGAUUCAGAAGAGUCCCAGCUUGAACAGACCAUUCGAAAGACUGCACAAAGCAAGCUUGCUAGACAUCUUGAAAGAAGUCAUUCCAAUGAAACAGAAGUUGCUAAAGCCUUUAGUUUUCCUAAACGUUCAAAGGAACGCAGGAUUCUUCUGGAACAGCUCCGGAACCAGGGUAAUUAUUAUCAUAACAUCAAAGUCUUGGAAACCGGACGUGGAGAGAUCAUUACCUGGAGACAACCAACUGAAGAUGCAGACAUUUCUGAGUUCCUUCCCUGCCCGGAUUGUCUGGCCUUCUUCAUGAAGAAAGACCUGUGGAAACACUCUAAGACGUGUCGAGGACAGCGGGAUGUGAAGAGAAGCAGAGGAGAGCGAAUCGGAUACUCGCUGAAGAAAGCCUGUCAGCUUAGUUUGGGACAGAGUUUAAUGGCAGGGGACAGAGACACUGAGAAGAAGCUGAAAAACUUCAUCAAGCUCAUUGACAGUCAUUGGCAAGCAUCUCAAGAGUGUGGAGCAGGUCUCAAACAACUCAAAGAGAACGUGAAUGGCGCCGAGUGGAAAAUCUUGGCUGAGACGUUACUCUGUCAAAUCAUUCUUUUUAAUCGGAGACGUGAAGGUGAGGCAUCCAAACUGCUCCUUGCAUCAUACGUGAAUCGAAACGUGAAGCCUCCUAAUGAAGAUGUGGUCAAAUCUCUGACUAAAUUAGAGCGGGAGCUGUGCAAUGAGCUGACUCGAUUAGAGAUCCGAGGGAAGAGAGGUAAGAAAGUGCCUGUCCUGCUGACCAAGGACAUGCUGGAGUCCAUGGACCUGCUGAAUGAAAGCAGGAGCACAGUGGGCAUCGAUGAAGCCAAUCCUUACGUCUUUGCAAGACUGGGGGCUUUAACGCACAUCCGUGGAUCAGACUGUUUGAGGAAGUUUUCCAAAACGUGUGGCGCAAAAGACCCCAGGAGCCUUACAUCGACCAAAUUAAGGAAACAAAUAGCAACUCUGAGUCAGAUCAUGAAUUUAAAAAACAAUGAACUCGACCAAUUGGCCAAAUUCCUGGGACACGACAUUAGAGUGCACCGCGAGUAUUACAGACUGUCCGAGAAUACAAUCCAACUCGCUAAAGUUAGCAAGCUGCUUCUGUCUCUAGAAAAGGGAUCUGAUUGUUACAAAGGAAAAUCUUUGGAAGAGAUUACAUUUAGUACAGAGGAGACUGAGAAUGACAGAAGCCCUGCUUCCAGAGGCCUGCGAGAGCAUGAAUGCAGAACCACAGAAGCAGAUGCUUCAGAGAAAGAUGAUGAACCCUCUACCUCAGUAAAGACAGUCGAGCGCAAGCGUCGCGUCACAGAAACUGACGGUUUACAGAAAGAAGAUGAAGAACCCUCUACCUCAGUAAAGACAGUCAAGCGCAAGCGUCGCGUCACAGAAACUGGUAAGCAGUCAGUAUAUCGGUUAGACAUGUGAU